CUCCCACUGACACCAAUGAUACUUACCUUGCUGACUCCUGCUCCAGCCUGGGCUUGCUCCCUCUCCCAUCCACAGCCAGCAUACCUGUCUGCAGCAGCACCAUCUGCAAGGCACAGACACUUACCUGUCAGCUGUCUUCCUUCUCCCUCACUCGAUCUUCAUUGAUCUUCUCACUGACGCUCGGCUCCUCCUCUCCAAGCUCUGCCUCCUCGCCAGUAAUUGGUCACCUGUGUGCCUUUCCUGAGCUACAGUUCCGGCGGCCAAUCAUCAGCGAGGAGGCUGUUGAGUAAUCCCGGGGGUGUGGCCAGAUGA